AUGCGCAACAAGAGCAUAGCCUUUGUGGGCGACUCGCUGGGCCAGGAACCGUUCCAGUCGCUGCUCUGCAUGCUCGCCCCAGAAGGGCCGCCCAAAAACAUGUCCGACCCCGCAUCCCCCAUCCAAGACGCGCGUAAGGAUUACGGCCUUCUCCCGACGCCCCAAGACAGCCACCGGCCCGAUAGAGCGUACAGAUUCGUAGCGUCCAACACUACAGUGAUUUUCCGCUGGUCGACGACCUUAUGCGAAGUCGAGCCGCUCAAUAAGGGGAACGGGUCGCAGGACAAGGCGCUGCACUUAGACCGGCCCGACACUUUCCUAAGAGACUAUCUUAAGAAGCUGGAUGUGGUGGUGCUCAACACGGGGCAUCACUGGGACCGGGUGGAGAUGAAUCAGAACGCGCUCAAGUUUUAUCUCAAUGGAACCGUGGCGCCGCUCAUAAACCGAAGGCCGAUGGUCAUGUGGCUUGCGCUGAAGACAGCGGUUCGGUCUCUGAGUGUGUGGAUUGAUGCUCAGCUGAAGCAGACGGUGGGUUCGGGUGCGACGCUUCCGGGCUUGGCGACAGGUGGGGGUGCGAAGCUGGCGACGGCGAUUUUUGGGACGCCUGACACAAAGCCAAUGGUGUUUCUGCGAUCGAUUUCGCCGCGGCAUCCCAAGGGGGAUAAGAACGGCACAGGCGGGUGUGCCCAACUCAAGUACCCGUUUGGGGAUGCUGAGGUGGCCAAUAUGACAACCAGGGAUGCUAUUAAGGAGGAUGCAGUGCUUGGAACAUCAGUACACCUUUUGAACAUCACGAACUUGUCGGCUUACCGUGGUGAUGCACACCCAGCUGGCUGGGAUCCUCGAUACGCUGCUGCCAAGGGACAGGAUUGCCUGCAUUGCACCCCUCCCAACCGAUCCCGAUCUCGCUCAGUGGCGGCGGCCAUGGGCGGUGGGAAGGCAGACGGCGCCGGGAUUUGCGGACUCCUCGGAAGAGCUCGGUUGCACGCGGCAUGUUCGGCGGCGCAGCUGGUGCUUUUAAUGACAUUGGCCUUCGUGACGUGGGAUUUGUUUCACGCCGGCAAUGGGAUUCGUUUCUCACAGUGUGAGUUUCUCCGCUUUCAUCCGCCUUCUCGUACCGUCCUCCUUACUCCCCACCUUCACGCCCACUCUCUUUCGACCACCUCUGCUUCUGCCUCUGCUUCCGCCUCUGCUUCCGCCUCUGCUCCCGCCUCUGCUUCCGCCUCUGCUUCCGCCUCUGCUUCCGCCUCUGCUCCCGCCUCUGCUUCCGCCUCUGCUUCCGCCUCCCUCCCACGCACGCCCAUUUCUACUUCCCCUCCACACAUGCGGCUUCCAUCCCCCUCAGCCCUCCCAUUUCUCCCUCUCCUUGAUUCCUAUUCCAUCCCUCAUCUUCAUCUCUCUCCUUCCUUGCUCUUCGUCAUCCUUCAAUCCUCGUCCCUCUCCCUCGUCCCUCUCCCUCGUCCCUCUCCCUCGUCCCUCUUCUUCAUCCCCCUCUCAUCCGACUCCUUCCUUCCUCUCCCUCAUCCAUCCCCCCAUCCCUCUGCUUUCUCCUUACCUUUCCUUCCUUUCCCCCUGUCCCCCAUGCCUUCCUCCUUACAUUUUCUUCCCCUCACCUCUCUUCCCCAUCCCUCUGCUUCUUCCUUAUCUCUAUUCCCUCUCCCGCCUCUCUCCCUCUUCCUCACCCCCCUCCCUUAUCCCUCUGCUUCCUACUUAUCCUUCCUUCCUCUCCCCCGUCCCUUCCUUCAUCCCCCAUGCCUCACCCUCCUCAUUUCAGGUGCCCCCGCCGUCCCUGUGGUCCCCGCCGCCUCCGCUGCCCCCGCCGCCCCGCUGUGCGACCCGUACCACGGGCGGUGGGUGCGCACGCGGCAGCGCGCGCUGUAUUCGGGGGAGAAGUGCGGCGACUUGACAAACGAGCGGGGGCAACAUGAUUCGGUUCACCGCACAGCGUUAGGGGUAGAACAUACAGCUGUUUCAGAGACCUGGGCGCCCAAGUUUUACACCCUCUGUUAUGCUGCUCCCUCUGCUUCACCUGCUCCUUCUGCUUCACCUGCUCCUUCUGCUUCACCUGCUCCUUCUGCUUCACCUGCUCCUUCUGCUUCACCUGCUCCUUCUGCUUCACCUGCUCCUUCUGCUUCACCUGCUCCCUCUGCUUCACCUGCUCCCUCUGCUUCACCUGCUCCCUCUGCUUCACCUGCUCUCUCUGCUUCACCUGCUCUCUCUGCUUCACCUGCUCUCUCUGCUUCACCUGCUCUCUCUGCUUCACCUGCUCUCUCUGCUUCACCUGCUCUCUCUGCAUCACCUGCUCUCUCUGCUUCACCUGCUCGCUCUGCUCUGACAUGCCAACAAGCCAAGGAGAGAAGAAGGAUUUCAAACUCAACUCAAAUCCACAUUCCUUCCUCUGCUCCCCUCCUCUGCUCUCCACCUCUGCUCCCCUCCUCUGCUCCCCUCCUCUGCUCCCCUCCUCUGCUCCUCUCCUCUGCUACCCUCCUCUGCUCCUCUCCUCUGCUCCCCUCCUCUGCUCCCCCCCUCUGCUCCCUUCCUCUGCUACCCUCCUCUUCUACCCUCUGCUCCGCCCCAUGCACUUCCCGCCCCCGUUCGCCCGCCCACGUUCCCUUUCCUGUCAGAAUGCGCAACAAGCACAUUGCUUUUCAGGGGAACUCGUUAGACCAGGAGCAGUUUCAGUUGCUACUCUGCCUGGAGAUCUUGCCUGAGCUAAUGCGAAACAAGCGCAUUGCUUUUGUGGGGGACUCGCUAGGCCAGCAGCAGUUCCAGUCCUUGCUCUGCAUGCUCUCCCCACAAGGCCCGCUCAAAAACAUGUCUGACCCCUCAUCCGCCUUCCAAGACGUGGGCACGGAUUACGGUUUUUUUCAGCUGCCCGAGGACCGCCGCCCAACCGGGCUGGCGUACAGAUUUCUUGCGUCAAACACUACAGUGAUUUUCCGCUGGACGCCUUACUUGUGUAGAAUCAAGCCGUUUAAGGGGAACUGGAAGCUGGGCCGUGCGAUGCACUUAGACCGACCCGACACUUUCCUAAGAGACUUUCUUAAGGAGCUGGAUGUGGUGGUUCUGAGCACGGGACAUCAUUGGAAUGAGGAUGAGAUGAGGGAGAAAGGUCUGCAUUUUUUCCUGAAUGGGAGUGAAGCGCCGGCCGUGGAAAGGCGGCCGAUGGCUGUGUCGUUGGCGUUGCGGACGGCGAUUCGGUCGGUGUCUGUGUGGGUUGAUGACCAACUGAAGGGACGUUUGCAGGUGAAGGGAGGGUGGGGAGAGGGAGCAGGGGUGGGAAAGAAGGGAAGUCUGGGUUCGGCUGCGACGCUUCCGGCUGUGGACACUAAGCCGAUUGUGUUUCUGCGAUCGAUUUCGCCGAGGCAUUUCAUGGAGGGGGAGUGGAACUCGAGAGGACGAUGCGACCAUCUCAAGUUAGCAACCAUGUUCGGCAAGAUUUUCGGGAAGCCGAAGGAGCAGCCGACGGUUCGGGCGUCUCUUGACAAGUUGUCGGAGACGCGUGAAAUGCUGGAGAAGAAACUCAAGGUCCUCGAGAAGAGAGUCGCUUUGGAGCUGCAAAAGGCCCAGGAGUUUUCGAAACAGAAGAACAAGCGAGCCGCCAUUCAGUGCCUGAAGAAGAAGAAGCUAUAUGAGAAUCAGAUAGACGCGCUCAACAACUAUAUCUUCCGACUUCAAGACCAGGAGGUGAAUCUGGAGGGAGCGAGUGUGACGGUGGAGAUGAUGAGUGCAAUGAAGGAGUCCGCUCAGGCCAUUCAAGGCGUGCAGAAGAAGAUGAACAUCGACGAUGUGGAUAAGACACUGGAUGAGAUCAACGAGCAGUCGGAGAACAUGAAGCAGAUCCAGGACGCCCUCUCACAACCAGUUGGCAUCGCAGCCGAUCUUGACGAGGACGAGCUUAUGGCUGAGUUGGAGGAGCUUGAAGCACUCGAGUUGGACGAGCAACUGCUGCAACCAGCUGCUGCUGUGCCGUCACAGCCGCUGCCAUCCGUGCCCAAGAAAGCUCCGGCGCAAAAGGCACCCACAGAAGAGGAGGACGAACUCGAGAAGAUGCGUGCAGAAAUGGCCAUGUGA